AUGCCCAUCCUCAGUUCGACAAGCCAAUUCUUCACGUUGCCGUUUCGGAGAAAGAAGCAAAGGUACACCAUCAACCCGCCCGAUGAGCAAUACAAUGUCAUCUACCUCGGAAACGUUCUGACAGUGAUGGCAAAGGGUGAUAACUGCGUGGAGAAGCCUUUGAGUCUCAUCUGGAGGGCCUAUUGCCAACGGCAACGUACCGAUCUGCAUAUGCAGCUUGAGAUCACCCGCUCGGGGCUGAAAGCCGAGACCUCACAACAGGGGUUGACGGAAUAUUGGGCUCACCGGAUAACGCACUGUUCCGCCCCGGCAGAGUACCCGAAGGUGUUCUGCUGGAUUUAUAAGCAUGAUGGAAAGAGGCUCAAACCCGAACUCCGCUGCCACGCUGUCCUCUGCAAAAAAGCCGCCGAACCCGCCCUGAUCUCAAUGCGCUUGAAUGAAUUUUUAAAGGCUGCUCUCGAGGAAUACAAACGUGAGAAGCUCGCCCAACAAAACGCCCGCCUGAGCUCGUCGACCGGGUGCCCCAGGCGGAAGCUGAUGCUCCAGACGGGUUCGCUCAACUUCCGCCCGCCCGUCUCGCGCUCCAAGUCGGCCCCUCGACUUGGGAGCAUUGAUGAGGAGAUUGAGGAAGAGGACCAAUCCGACAACGAGUCGUUCUGCUACCGCGAGGAACCGAUCGGGGAUACGGCAUCGUAUUCCGGUUCCGACGUGUCGCCCGGCAGCUCCGCUUCAUCCUCGAAAGGCGCCUCGUCCCUCUGCUCAAGCGACGAGCGCCCGAGGCGGGGGAGGCUAGACCCGGAUUCGGUCUCUGACGAAUCGGGGUAUCACGAGGAUGGGCAGAGGCGAGAUGAGCUGUUCUAUUCGGACGAGGAGCUGGUGAUUAUUGAGGAGCAGGACCUAGAUGAGGACACAAUGAAAAAGCCUCAGCGUUUCCAGCACCAACGAGCAAUUGAGCAUGAGCUCCAGGAUGACGGCGAAUCUCGCCAAGUCAUGGCAUGGCGAGUGCUCUAUGCGCUCGGGUUGUUACUAAGUGCGAUAGAUGGCACAGCAUUCACGCAGUAUUAUGGAGUUAACCUUGUCCCGUUCGGGCCGGACGCUGGCGACAUGCGCGUGAAAGAUGAGCUGCUGAACGCAGGGCAGAGAAUUGACUUGCCCCUGCCUUUCCCGUUUUAUGGUGGACUGUACAAUUACACGACGAUCUCAGUGAAUGGAUAUGUCAGCUUCGGCCUCGUCUUAGAUCACGGGCUCGGGAUCGACGUGGGUCAAAUGGAUACCGAUUGGCCAAAAUACCCCGACGCGGCCAUGAUUGGGCCCUACAUCUGCAAGCAGCAGAUCUCCAACCACCUUCCGGGACUGAAGGGAGGGGUCUUCUACCGUCUCCUUCUCCGUCAAUCACUCUUCCGUAACGAAUCCGACGCGAAUGCAGUUUUCAACGGCAGUUCCGAAUUCUUCCAAAAAUCGCGUCUAACGGCUUGCCCGGAAACCCCGAAUCACUAUGUAAGGUGCAAUAAGCGAACAGAUGACCAGCUGGACGAGCUGAUGGGAUGGUUGCAGGAGGGAGUCGCGGGAGCGCAAAUGUUCCGCGCCGACGCGGCCUUGGUGGUCACGUGGUUCAACACGGCUUCCGCAUUCGCGACCCGAUCCGAUGUCGACGUCGGCCAAUUGUCUACCUAUCAGAUGAUCUGGCUCACCGAUAUGCAUGCCCGCCUCUCAUAUGUCAUACUCAACUACAAUAAGCUGGGAUUCGAUGUGAUCGACAUCCGCCGGAAUUCGAGGCGUGGAAGGUGUAAGGCGCUCUUCAACGGCGGUAACCAUACGGGAACUGUGCCCGUAGAUCCCACGGCAGCCUACAAGAACAGCCCGAAGUCGUUGGCGGCACGGUCUGGAGUGCCACAUCUUGCUCGAGGAAGGUACAUGUUCCGCGUUGAUGACGUCGUACGCGCCGGCGGUUGCUCCAACAAAACUGGGGGAACUUUCCCGAUGCUAAUCCACCCGAAUAUCGUAAGCAUAUUUGGCGAGACAACGGUUGAUGUAAAUGCCAUGUGCCUUGAUCGCGCCCAGGACUACAUUCUGGUAACGGACCAAGGAGAGAAUGCGACUUGUAUGGUACUGAACCCGUCGAUAGCUAGGUGUUCAUUUGCUAACGUGUCCGACUGGGGCAUGCGUACUGUAUACUUCUAUCCCAGACGCGGGAAUCCGGAUUACGAGGGGAAUUUUGUUGGGCAUAUUUAUUUUGUCCCUCCUACCCUCGACCCUCAACGCCUUCAAAUCGGCAAUAUUUACGAUUGGUUCAAAAACCCUCUUCCAAGCGACGUGAUGCCCAUCUCAUGGUAUCCACGUAAUUUCACAAAUCCCGAUUUCAACUUUCGAUUCGACACGGGGCUUGGCCGAAUCAGUGACGAGGCGCUGUAUUCAGUACAACUCUGCUUGUAUGUGAUUGGGUAUAAGGAAUUUCGGGAUGAUGAGGGCAAGAAACGCCAGCCUGAGCAUCGAAUUAUUGCGCGGCUUGGCUCGUAUACAAAUCGGAAUGAGAAUGACUACAGGUGGAGGCUACAAGAAGAGCGCAUCAAUCUCAACCAGAUCGAGCAGUGGUAUAUGACCGAUUUGGAAAGAAAAAACGAGCUGUUUGCCUACCGCAUUGGCUACCUAAAACUUGCCCCGAUAAUGAACGACGAUCAGCAGCCCCCAAAACAACUUCCGGCCGGCCUCGUCUCACACCCAAUUCCCCUCCACUGGCUAUGGAGGGAGGACCAGCAGUUCCUGCUCUUCCCCGGAGCCGAGCACGAGAAGGCAAGAGCCGAGUUUGUGAAGCAAAAGGCAGCGGAAAUGUGUGAUAGUUGGUAUGAGGAGGAAGCGGUCCAGGCCAACUUCACCGCCGACACUGAGAAAAAGUACGAACCAUGCCCUUGCGUAGAGAGACAGGCGAUGGCCGAUCUGGGACGAUUUAUGCCCCAUCCUCGAUGCUCAAAGAUGUUCGGUGACAGCACCUGCACCCAGCCGAUCGGUGCCGGCAACUGCUACAUAUCUACGCAAAGUUACGGGUCGUACGCCGGGUUGGGAAACGACGAAAACUCAAAGAUCGCUGGUCAAAUCGCUGGCGAAUCGGGGCAAAUGUGCUGCUAUGAUGUUGAUGGGCAUCUGCUGCAAGUGAACUAUCAACCUACGAUAAAUGGGACAUCGGAAGUUCGCCACAAUUCGUUCCCGGGCCUUUCCACUUUGAACAACGACUACAUGCCGAAUUUCCUGUGCUGCAAGCUUGCUGAUUUUCGAUGCCACAAGUUCUUCGAACGACGCCCGUCCAGUGAAUGCCGAGGUUAUAGGGAGGCGUCAUACGGCGAGGCAAUCGGUGCCGGGGUCUUCAACACCAUCGACAACGACAAGUUUGUAUUCAACGAACCGGGCGUGUUUACCCUACUCUACAUCCCGAAGGCCUCGACGACGCCGGAGGUGAGGAUCCAGGCCCGGCUCGAAAGGUUCCCGAAUCGGAGGGUCGACUUCACGCAAAUUGGGCGAAGGUUAGGUCACGCAGAUCUUGUGCAACCAUCGAAAGCCACCGUAAUCACAGGCAUUGCUAUUGAGGCAACCGACAGUGCUCGCGUCCACGUCCUUUGCCGAAAAGACACCCGCCGUUUCCGCUACCGCACCAGCGUAAUUGUUGGCAAUGUCAUGCGCUACUUUGACACGAUGGCCAUCCUGCGAUUCAAGGGCGUGCUCAUCUACGUCAACAAGACAAGCCAAGGUCAGGCCGAGAUCUACGUCGUUCUCGAGCGGGCCCAGAUUGGCAUCCGGAUACGCGAGUCAUUCAACAUGAAAUUUGAUCGUCUACGAGAUUUCCAGGAGAGCCUCGGGCUGUUAGACAUCGCCCUUUCGGUUCCACCACAGUACGUUGCCAAACCGGACGUGGAAAACGCCCGGGAGGACGGGUUCCAGCAGACAAAUUUGUCAAAAAUGGCCGGUCUGAUGCGCCCGUUCCCUAACAACACGAUGGGCAGCCAAAUUCAUGAAGACCUCCAGACUGAAGACGUCAAUUCCAGACAGUACUGGCAGCAUCUGAUCCGAAAUUAUAGGAUUCCCGACAGCGGGGAGCCCGGCGUCGGCCUAGACCCCUAUAUGGCUUACAGCUCGGUGAUCCCAUCGGAAAAUUUAUUUAUGCCGGACAGCGGAGUUAAUUGGAGAUUCCAGGUCUUCCCCGAGGCAACGAUGAUGAUGCAUCCAAUCUAUAGAGCGGCCGACAGGUUCACAUCUGGCAAUAACCGCUUCCACCCGAUCUCCGGGACAGAACUGCUUGUAAUUCUAAACCAGUGCCGAGACAUGGAGCUGUACACGAAUUCCCGUCUGCAAUACCAACUACGCUCACUCCUUCAUGAUUACGGAAUAUCCGUUUGCCCAGACAAUUCCUCGGAGGUGGUAGCCAAUUGUGGGGACAACUGGGCGUGUCUCUACAACUACGUCAUGCUCAAUUCAAAGAGCAUCGGCCAGGCAAGCAAGGAAGCAUGGGAUUCACACAUCGCCCUUCGCCAGCCGGUCGUCAGCCAGUACUGCCCGCGCGGUUGGGUGCACAACAACGAUACAGAUGCAUGCUACUAUGCACAGAACCAGACCCCAGCGGACCCGGCGGUCAGAUAUACGCAGGAGCAGGCCGAAUCGCUCUGCCAAACCAUGGGCGCACAUCUCGUCUCGAUUCAUGACGAGGAUGAGGACACCUUCAUUCGAGAACUAAUUGCGACGAAUCAGAAUGGCAUGAUUUGCGAUGACUGGCAGGUUAUCCUUGGCGCUUCGUGCAGUAAUUCGACCACGCUGACAUGGACCGAUGACAGCUCCUUCAAUUUUGAUCUAACAAACGGAACGUGCAGCGAAACUUAUACGAUGGGGAACGACACGCAAUAUGCAGCCGAUUUCGAAUCCCGAUGGAACCCUUGGGACUCAACAUCCGCAUUCACGCGCUUUGUAUGCAAAAAAUCUGCUAAUUAUAUU